GACUUGACCUCGUCCUCAAGUCUCCUGUCCGGGACGGCAGAAUACCUAGAUCUAGAUCUAGGCCUACCUCAAGAUCUAGUCAAAUCCUUUUUCUCUGAAGAUAGAAUGGCAGCGUCUCUUUUGAGGAAAAGUGUCACAGGAGUUUUACAAGUCCCGAGGCUUGCAACAAACUUUUUAUUUUCCAAGUCUCUACCAGUUUUAGCUGUUGAACCUGCUAGGUGUGCUUCGAAAAAAGCUGGUGGUACAGUUCGUAACAAAAAGGGGAGAACCAAGAAAAAGUACAGGGGGCUUAAGGCUCAGGACGGAUCAUUUGUUCACUCUCACGACGUUCUAGCCACACAAUACGGCUUGCGGUUCUACCCCGGCGAGAACGUGCUCCUAGAUCCAGACUGCACCCUAAGAGCUGCGUAUGAUGGAAUUGUGGUCAUCUCGACAGAGACUUUGAACCCCUAUCCCGACAGUCCUCUGUAUGCACCCACUCAGAAUGGGCUUGUUUUGCAGAAAAAGUUCAUCCAUGUUAUUCCCACUCCUUUACAUGGAAAAUUCAGGCUUUUGUCGGAAACAUGAAUGAAUGCUUGAUUUUCUUUUUAUUUGUGUUUUUCAUUAAAAAUAACUAGAUUUUAUGGAAAAAAAA